AUGGGUACAAUGGUAUGCAUAGUGAAUGCAACUCACGGCUAUUCCAACGGCAUCUGUAGCAAUCCCAUUCUCUACACCAUCAAAAGAAUAAAGCAGCAUUACAAAACCAGUUAUAUGCGUUAUGAAUUGCAAAUGGUUUCUCAACUAAUGAUGCGUUGCCAUAUGAGUAUCCAUCACAUGAACGAUGAAAGACAGGAAACAAGAUUGCAUCACAAAAUGAGGAAAUUGUGUUUGGAGGUUGCAUGGGUAGAAGGAAUGCCUAAAGUACUUCCUUUAGUUGCUGUCGAUAAGGACGGGAUGUUUAGAGUGGAUGUAGAGUCUUGUUGGCUAGGUGUGAAUAUUGACGUAAAAAUAUGGUAG